AUGGCCACGGCACAUGGCUAUCGCCCUUCCAAUGGCGACUUUGACACCACCCAUCCUACCGCAGUCCGCAAACUCAAUCGAACGUACGGCUUGACUCCCCCAGCGGUUGAAAGCCUCGAGAAUCAGUACAAGCGAUGUAUGGCUCGGUUAUCUGAGAAAGAGAAACCAAUUCAAAAGUACUUGUAUCUGAGUCGACUACGCAAUGCCGACGUGCAUCUAUUCUACCGUUUGGUCACACAGCAUAUCAAGGAGAUUGCUCCAUUGAUCUACACACCUACAGUGGGUGAGGCUUGCUUGCAAUGGUCCCAAAACUACGUGCAGCCCGAGGGUCUCUACGUUUCGUACAGUGACCGAGGCCGGAUACGUUCAGUCUUAGACAAUUGGCCCGAGAAGAACGUCGAGAUCACUGUGGUCACCGACGGCUCUCGAAUUUUGGGCCUCGGAGAUCUGGGCGUCAAUGGCAUGGGCAUUCCUGUGGGGAAACUGUCUCUAUACACUGCUUGUGCCGGCAUUCGACCCGAGUCAACGUUGCCUCUAACUCUCGAUUUGGGCACAGGUAAUCAGGACUUCAUCAAAGACCCGCUAUAUCUUGGAAGCAAGAGACCGCGAGUAUCUGAGGAAGAGUCGUUGGAAUUCCUAGAUGAGUUGAUGCGUGCAUUGCACGAGAAGUAUCCCGGCAUCGUUAUCCAGUUUGAAGACUUCAAAAACCCUUUCCCUUCACUGGAGAAAUACGGCGACCUGUACACCUGCUUCAAUGAUGAUAUCCAAGGUACCGGAGCUGUUGUACUCGGGGGCAUCAUAGCUGCAGUUCAGACAUCUGGAAUCAAGGCGAAAGACCAAAGAUUGGUGUUCUUAGGAGCCGGAAGCGCGGGCGUUGGCGUUGCAAAACAAAUUAUGGAAUUUUUCAUGAAGGGAGACAAUUUGACGGAAGACGAAGCUCGCAAGCGUUUCUGGCUGGUCGAUUCAAAAGGCCUAGUCACCAACGACAGAGGAGACAAACUCGCGGAUCAUAAAGUCUUCUUCUCCCGUGACGAUAACAACGGCAAGCAAUACAAAACCUUAGAAGAAGUGGUUGACCAUAUUAAGCCCACAAUUCUGAUGGGCCUCUCAACCAUCGGUGGAGCCUUCACGCCCGAAAUCCUCACCAAAAUGGGAGAGUGGAACAAGCACCCCAUCAUAUUUCCCCUGUCAAAUCCGUCCGCAAACUCCGAGUGCACAUUUGAAGAAGCCCUCAGAUACACCAAAGGCAAAGCACUCUUCGCAAGUGGGAGCCCCUUCGACCCUGUCGAGCUGAACGGUAAAUUCGUGCAACCGGGCCAAGGCAACAACAUGUAUGUUUUCCCCGGUAUCGGGCUGGGCACUAUCCUUUCGAAAGCAACCGUGGUAACGCAAUCAAUGAUCUAUGCCUCAGCUGUAGCUCUCAGCGAGUCUCUCAAUCCUGACGAAAAGGCUCAGGGAUGGCUCUAUCCAGAGCUGCGCCGCAUCCGGGACGUCAGUGUCGUUGUGGCUAUGGGCGUAAUUCGAGCUGCCGAGAAGGCCGGCGUGGCAAGGGAGAAUCAUAUUAAGAACAUGAAGGAUGAUGAGUUGGAGAAGUGGGUGAGGUCGAAAAUGUACGAUCCGCAUCAGGAGACUGCGAUUAUUGAGGAGGAGGUACGGAACAUUAUGAAGGAAAUGCCGCAUCUGUGA